GAAAGGAGUGGAGGUAGAUUUAAGGGGUAAAGGCUGCCCCUUGGUCAUCUUAAGUUGCGAAUUUAAGUCGUGGUUAGGGUUAAAACCAGCUAUCAGGUCUUAUAUAUAUGUUCGAAACUGUAAAGAUUGUUCGCACAUUUGGACAGCUGAAGAUUUUCCGUUUCUUCGUUGUUGUCUGCACAUUAUGACUUCACUGACCCAGCGGAGCUCAGGCCUGGUGCAGAGGCGGACCGAGGCCUCUCGUACUGUCGCCGCCGACAAGGAGAGGGGAUCCGGGGAUGAGGACUACGAGUCACGUCGCGGGGAUGAACAGGAGGACGAUGACAAGGGAGAUUCCAAAGAAACUCGACUCACACUAAUGGAGGAGGUGUUGCUCCUUGGACUGAAGGACCGAGAGGGUUAUACAUCAUUUUGGAACGACUGCAUUUCAUCAGGUCUGCGCGGCUGCAUGCUUAUUGAGCUGGCCUUAAGAGGGAGGCUGCAACUAGAGGCCUGUGGCAUGAGGAGGAAAAGUCUGCUGGCCAGGAAGGUUAUUUGUAAGUCUGAUGCCCCUACCGGAGAUGUCUUGCUGGAUGAAGCUUUGAAACACAUCAAAGAGACCCAGCCACCGGAAACAGUACAGAGCUGGAUAGAGCUGCUGAGUGGUGAGACAUGGAACCCUUUAAAACUGCAUUACCAGCUUAGGAAUGUGCGGGAACGCUUAGCCAAAAACCUGGUGGAGAAGGGUGUGCUCACUACAGAGAAACAGAACUUCCUGCUUUUUGACAUGACAACACACCCGCUCACCAACAACAACAUCAAGCAACGGCUUAUCAAGAAAGUUCAGGAAGCAGUGCUGGAGAAGUGGGUCAAUGACCCACACCGCAUGGACAAGCGGCUGCUGGCUCUCAUCUUCCUCGCCCACUCUUCCGAUGUCCUGGAGAACGCUUUUGCCCCACUCUUGGAUGACCAGUACGACCUUGCCAUGAAAAGAGUGCGGCAGCUGCUGGAUUUGGACCCUGAAAGUGAGAGCAUGAAGACCAGCGCAAAUGAUGUCCUUUGGGCUGUUGUGGCAGCCUUCACCAAAUAAGCGAGUGGAAAAGUACCAUCCUGUGAUCAUCAAACUCGGACUUUGGAUUGGUGGUGGCAUGGGUCUGUAUACAUGCAAUUCUGUCAUGGUGUCCUGUUUUGUAGAGACCCCCUUUCUGGUCAGUCUCUUUACAUUCACCAUGAGACCGACCACAUGUAGUUUACUUACUCGUGUUACUAUUUCUGCCAACUGAACUCAAAAGAAGAAGUGCUCUGAUUUAUAAUAAAAAACACUGUGGUUGAAAGGGGGACAUCUUCUCAAAACAGGAUUGACUUGAAGGUUAUUUGGAUCUUGGUUUGGACCUGGCAAAUCCAUUGAUAAAUAUAUUAUUAGGUAGAUAAAGUGUAUUUUUAUUAAAUGGAUGUUUUCUUCUCAAAUGUGCAUUGUACUCUACUACUCUAGUAGUCCAGCUACUUAUUCACUUUCAUGCCCUUCUGUGGUUAAUAAUGCAAAUAACGAACUCCACCUUUGUAGUGUACCUUCAGAUCUGUAUCUCUAACUUCUGAGUUAACAGUGGAAGGGUUCCUCUGUUUGAGGAAUAAAAGAAAACAUUUCAAUAAAUUAUAUUUAAAAAUCCACCAAUGUUGUUAAUU